AUGAUAGACUCCUCUUCUGGAAGCUAUUUUUGGACCACCCACUCCCAUCACAACAGAGCCAAGAGACCCAGCUCACCUGCCAUCUCCUCAUUCCUCACUCGCUUCACGUUUCCUCAGAUCCCCGAGAUAGCAGCUGGUACCAACCAAGUGCUCUUCUCUGUUGUUUAUAGCGUGGUGUUUCCAACGUCACGGUGUUGUGACUCACUGCAAAAAGCCCCAUUCUCCACCAGGGGGCUGUCGAGGCCCAAAAAGUGCCCCAGCGUCACAGAGGUACACAAUCCCACUACGCUGAGGAGGGAACAAAAUAUGACCAAGGUCCAGCCUCUUCCAUCCAGGACGCCGAAGGAUUACGCCCUGCCCAAUUCCAGCUGGAGCAAGGAUAUGAUGGGCCAGUUCAACAAAUUCAUGGAGAUGUGCAAAGACGGGAGAUGGAAAAGGAUCCCUUCGCAUAGGUGCGUUGAGGAGGGCGUUCCAGAAUAUAUGAAGCAAAAAAUGGAUGUGAGGAAGAAGGCAAGAGACACCCGGUUCUUCCUCAGAAGCAUGGACAAAGGUCUCGGUUUUGAAUAUGUGAUGUUUUUCAACCCAUCCCAGAAAAGGAUGACGUGCAUUGUCCAGCUGGGUCCCUACUUGGAAGGGCCUCCAGGAUUUGUGCACGGCGGGUCCAUUGCCACCAUGUUCGACGCCACUUGUUCGAUGUGUGCCCUCUUUGCUGACAGCGCAUUUCUAACUGCUACCUUCACCAUAAACUAUAAAUGCCCCGUCCAGGUGGGCGCUGUGCUCCUUGUUGAUGUCAAAGUGGAAAGGACGGAGGGGAGGAAAGUAUACCUGUCCGGCCAGGUGCACAGCGCGGACGGGCAGACCCUUUACGCUGACGGCACAGCUCUAUUUAUUGUUCUA